AUGGGGGAUUCUGAGAAUGUCCUUCCAUCUUCAAAGAAGAGAGCUGCAGGCAGGGAGAUAUCAAAGGACGACCCUGGCCUUGAUGAUGAUGAAGAUUUGUCUGAAAUGGAGACUGGAACUUUCCAGAAGGCCAGCGAUGAGGUUCUGGCCACCAGACGGAUUGUGAAAGUUCGACGCAGUCAGUCAACUGCAGCCCCAAUCCUCCCCUCAUCUAAUCCAUUUGCUGGAAUUCGUUUGGUUCCACCAAGUGAACCAAGUCCGGCCCUUCAGCCUGGAGCAACUGUGGUAGUAACUUCUAAUGAGAAUGACAUCAAAAGUGGUGCUUGUGAUGUAGCCAAGGAAGAGAAAGAUGCUUCUAAUGGGAAGCAAUUAGAAAGCAGUGCGAGUGAGUCAGUGGUCGAGUCUGCAGGUGACAAGGAGAGCCCUGUUAUUAAGGUUACGACUGAUACUGUUGGUGAAGUGGCCCAGGAACCGCUAGAAGAUAAAACUGAGAGUGAUAAUGGCAGCGAAGCCAUUAAGUCGGUGGAUGCAAAGGCUGAAGGGGGUGAUGGAGCUCAAGAGAAAGGCAAGAACGUCACUGGGACUGAUAAAGCUGAAGAUGUUGACGGGAAGGAAGCAGCAGGGGAUAGUAAAGCAGAGGAUGAUGGAAAGAAGGAUAAGAGCAGUGAAAGUGCAGACCCGAGUGGUGAAGGUACUGCCCUGAGUUCAUUCCAGCAGCUUUCAAGUAGCCAAAACGCUUUCACUGGCCUAGCUGGAACAGGGUUUUCCAGCUCCUCGUCAUUCUCCUUUGGAUCAAUCCCAAAGGACGGUUCUCCAUUUGCCAGUGGUGCUGGUUCCUUGUUUGGGCAGAAAAGCGACCAGCCGUCUUUUGGGUUUGGCCUCCCUACAAAUGGAAAUUCUUCACUCUUCAACUCUUCAGGCUCUUCUUCUGUUGCCCCCAAGAGCGAAGGAAGCAGCUUCCCCUCCAUGCCGGAGGUCCCAGUGGAGACCGGAGAAGAGAAUGAAAGGGCAGUAUUCUCUGCAGAUUCCGUGUUAUUUGAGUUCCUCGAUGGCUCUUGGAAGGAGCGCGGGAAAGGAGAAGUGAAGGUGAAUGUCUCCACCAGUGGAACAGAGAAAGCCAGGCUCCUGAUGAGGUCUAAGGGUAACCUGAGGUUGAUCUUGAAUGCUAAUCUAUUCUCCGAUAUAAAGCUCGCGAACAUGGAAAAGCGAGGCAUCACUUUUGCUUGCAUCAAUAGUAUCGGGGAAGCCAAAGAGGAAGCACUUUCAACCUUUGCCCUGAAAUUCAAGGACGGUUCUAUCGUUGAAGAUUUCCGUGCAGCUGUCACACAACACAAGGACGACAACAACCCCGCGCCAGUUCUGAAGACACCAGAGAACUCGCCCUAG